GUUCAGAGACGCACACAGAAUUAAGCGAGAUCCGACACGUGACUGGAAAGAUACAACAAGUGCAAUUUAUUCUAUUUUUCGGGAUUUUCUUCCUCCAAUGUAUGAAAUACAGAAAUAAAGCGGGAUGAUUUAAAUGGACCUGCGAAGAAAAUGUUCUUGAGGUGGUCCAGGACAGGAACCUUUCAAAUCGCUCCCUGCCUGUCUCCUCCUGGGGUCAACCCUCUCUGAUCCUCCACCCGACCCCCUCCUCAGCCCGUCAUGGAGAGCCUCACUGAGCUCCAGAACCCACUCCUGGACAAAACCAGCCGCCACCUGGUCCAAGACGGCUACCAGGGCUACCAGUGUGACUACCCCGGCCACCCUUACCAAGACAACAUCAUCGGCUACCUUUACACAGGGACCAACGGCAAGACGAAGACCCAGCAGUUCCUGGAUGCCACGUCCCUGCACCUGGCAGUAGAGGCCUUCUGCAGGCCCGGGUUCCUCCUCUACCGGGACGAUGUCAGCCUGCAGAGCAAGGACUCAAGGAGCGGUAGCUCUGAGACCACCUUCACUGAGGGGAAGGAGGCCGAGGGGAAGGAGGCCGAGGGGAAGGAGGCGGCCACCGAGGAGCUCCAGGAGAAGACAGACGUGAAGAUCCAGACUGUGUCCCACGACGUGGAGGACGAUGAGGGCCAUGGAGACUAUGAGAGCGACAGCUCCAGUGACAGCGACAGCGAUGACAACUUGAUCCUGCUGCCUCCCAGGGAGCACCUGGGCCUGGCCAUCUUCUCCAUGCUCUGCUGUUUCUGGCCCCUGGGCAUCGCAGCCUUCUACUACUCCAACAAGACGGGCAAGGCCGUGUCCAAGGGAGACUUCUCCAGAGCUGGGAUGUUCUCCAGGAGGACUCUGUUCCUGGCUGCCCUGGCCGUCACCCUCGGGACGGGCAUGUACGUAGGGGUGGUGGUUGCCCUCAUCGCCUACCUCUCCAAGACGGGACACGUCUAGCAGCAAGGGCCUGGAUGGAUGGGUGAAUACGAAGAAGACAGACAGAAGGGAGAGAGAGAGAGAACAGAGAGAGAGAGAGAGAGAGAGAGAGAGAGAAAGAGAGAGAGACAGAGAGACAGAGAGAGAGAGAGCAGAGAGAGAGACCUCCUGGAGCAGGUUCUUAGUCUUUGCAUGGACGACAGGGUCUAGACAAGCAGCAGAGAGCACAGUACUUUGACAAAAUGGUUGAAACCCUGGACACUUGAUUUAGACUUGGAUACCCUCAUCCUCCCUGACCUUGUGACCUGCCAGAUGUCUGACUUCCUGAACAAAACCCGUCACCUGCUGGAUAAAAGAGACUGCCCAUCCUAAAGUGACUGGUCUGACACAUACAUUUACACUUA